AUUGCCAUUAGCAACACCUAUAGUUUACGCAUGGCGAACAGGUGCGCUGUAAGAAGACACUCGCAUUAGACUGUUAUUACACGGUAUUCUCUUUCAGAGGUUCGAGGACACUGGUGGCUAAAGGAUCAAGACAUUGUUCUUAGUACUUUGAGAGAAGAAAUUCGAAGAUGACGCAGGUUAUCGCGCCUAUGACGGUGUUGUCGGACUCGACAUUCAGAACGCGACCACACUUCAACACAUAUUUGUACAGCGAUGCCAACGCUGGGCCUAACUCUGUACGCCAAAUUGAAGAGAGAAGAAAAAUUAGACAAACUAAAUUCCCCUCUGUGGUCGGCAGGAAUGACGUGGAUUCAUUCAAGGAGCUUCCCCACAUGGGCGCUUCAGGUUUUAAGAAGUGGAACGACGAAGGGGACCACAGACCCGAAGCGCCCUUUCGCCUCUUUGACAACAUCGUCGAUCCCGUGUCUGGGUUUGUUUCUGUUGGAGGGGAUGUGGACAGGACCACGGGCAGACAUAAGAUACCACAGCUCGGUGGCUUAGAACUCACACCACAAACUAUGGUCCCCCAGUUUGUGAAUUCUGUCCGUGCGAACUGCCCCACCGCCCCCUUGGAAACGAGGAGGCUGACGCAGAGUGAUCCUGGACCCCCUUCAGCGUGGAACAGUAGGAAACUGAUAGAUGACUCCAUUAAGUCCCACCUAGGAGGCUGGACAAGUAAUAGAGACACAAGAGAAAAUGCUGAUGGCAAAGUAGAAGGAACAAUUAGUCAAUGGAUGAAUUACUCUUGUUUUCGUCCAGAGAAAAAUUUGCGAGAUAAAUUAGCUUUAAAGUAUAUGUUCACGUCAUCAACAGAAAGAGGUUAUGGUGAUGUACCUUGGGACACAAUACUUCCUCCAAAACAGAACGCUGCCACGAAGACGCAUGAAGAGCGCCCAGACAUGAUCUCACAGAAAUGGACGAUAAAAAGAUACGACCCCGCAGCUGAGGAGUGGCAGGCUGUUGGUCGAUCUUGGGACUGGUUCCAGACCAGGAAGUCCCAAUGGUAUCAUGGACCUAAUGGAGUAGUUUUCUGCAGUCCUUGCCCCAGACAACAACAGAUACCCCUUUAUGGUGGCUGCAUAGGUGGAGAAAACCUGGAUGAAAUCGAUAAUAGACAGGUGCCCUUCCAGCCCAUGACAGUGAAGAGGAAUCCCCAACCUUGGGUCUCGGAGACUGCACACCGGCCAAACAUCCCCAAGUAUGAUGGUUGUACACUAUAUGAGAGAAUUCGUGAGCCAGCGCAUAGUGGACAGCUGCCUCCAGAGCAACAAACAACUAGGAGAGUACACCGGUAUAUCCCCAUUCCUCAGAAUUUCUCAGAAUUUAAGAGAGACAGUCAGUUGUCCAAGAUGGUGACCACUGUUCCACCACACAACCCUUUUAACCUGGUGAAUAAGGAGCAGAUAAAACUCAACAGUUCCAAUGGCAGAGACAAAGGACAGCAAUCCCCAGAGAAACAGAACGCUUGAAGGUCAAAGGUCAUCUAAGUCCAAUGUCAUAUGGAAGGUCAAGGUCACCCAUUAUUACCACAAGCUCAAGUGACUUUGAGUCAGUAUUCAACUGGAACUCACUUAUGAAUCCAGAUUUAAAUGUCACUUAUCCUGGAAGCUCAUAUCCUGGGAGUAUUAGAACUAGCUUCUUUGUGAUGGUGUUGAAAACCCCUUUUUGUAACAGCUCAGACCAAAAUCAAAAUAUUAUUUUUCAUUUGUAACAUAUUAAUUGUUCAAGAUUUGCUCAAUGCAUGAGUUCAUGCUGUGAUAUUAUAUAGAUAUUUUGUAUAUUUAUCUCUUUCUUUGUGUAUAGAUAUGUGUGUACAAGGAAUUUUGUGUACAGGCACUAGGUUAAAAAGUAUUGAGAAAUUGCCAUGUAAUGGUAUGGCCUGUAUGCUGGUUUUAAGGAUGGUAAUUUUAUACAGUUAUCAUAAAACAUUACCAGAGCAGCUACAUCGGUUUCAGAUAGAUAUGUUGCUCAGACAUUUUGAAUGGUGAAAUUUUGAACUGGUUGGGAGUUUUUGAAAAGAUUAUUUGUUUGAGGAAGCACCCAUCUAGCCCAUGGGUAAAAGUCUUCCUUUGUUUUAAAAUAAUCUCAGAUGAGCUACAGGCUUUUGCAAUCAAUUUAAAGACUCACAACAUAAUUAUGGACUGUGAAGUAUCUCACUUAUUGCACUGGUUUUCAUUCAUCACCGUGUAAGAGCACAGUGUGACACAUCAACAUAUCUCGCCCUUUUCCUGUAUUUGUAAAAAGAGCUGCAUUUUAUUUCUAGCAAACAAUUCCAGGCUUGUGAUGAAUGUAUAAUAAUGAAUAUAUGAUCAUGAAAUUGUUGAUUACAACAGUGGUAGAUCCAGGAUUUUACUAAAAGGGGUAGAUAAAAAAAAAGAUAAAAAAAAAUCCCCUUCCAUACACGUAACUUGAUACAACAGUACUAGUAGAUGUGGGAAAUUUUUAUUAAAAAAAAAAACUGCAAUUCACAAACCUGUAUGUUGAAGUUCAAGGAUGGAAGAAUUGACUGAUUUUUCCUCGUUUUGUAUGCUGUGUUAUUUUUGUUGGACGGGGGAUGCAAACCCCAGCGGUCUCACUUACAGUA